AACGAAUACAUCCUUAGCCAAGACGAUACCAUGGCUGAACGAAAAGCAGUGAUCAAGAAUGCCGACAUGGCAGAGGAUAUGCAGCAGGAUGCCGUCGAGUGUGCCACUCAGGCCCUAGAGAAGUACAACAUUGAGAAGGACAUUGCCGCCUACAUCAAGAAAGAGUUCGACAAGAAGUACAACCCAACCUGGCAUUGCAUCGUGGGACGAAACUUCGGUUCUUACGUCACCCACGAGACGAAACAUUUCAUCUACUUCUAUCUGGGCCAGGUUGCAAUCCUCCUCUUCAAGAGUGGAUAACUUGUUCAUAUUGACAUUGAACACUUUUCAACUCGUAAUAUAGCACCUACUGUAAAUAAAUAUGUGUUCCCGAUCACCGAUUAUUUGAUAUUUAUGAAAGAUCAGAACGCUUUGAAGCCCUUUGCCUCCUUGAACA